AUGUUUAUAAAUGUUUAUGUUGCCAUACUUUGAGUUAUAAUUUUCUAAAACCAGUAUUAAGCUGUGUGUUGGAACCAUAACUGUUACAUUACUGGGUUUUUUGUGCAAAAUUCUCAAAUUUAAGGCCCCAGAGCUACACCCAAAUUAACUCACCGAUUAAAUUCAGACGAUAGCAGGAUCAUUUCUUAAUAACAUCUGGGAACAUGUGCUUGUUCCUUCGGCAGAGAUGUUGAAGGUGAUUUUUCCUGAUGCAGAACUGGUGAACAGUAGUGCCCUAAAAGGUGCUGGCCCGGCCUCGGUGAUGGAUGUUCCUUCCUUCAGCUCUAAAUCAGCCCUGAAGCCAAGAUUGAGGAGCUUGUCUUGUGCUUUGGCCCUCUCACGCACAGAACCAAUUUAUUUACCUCUUCUUUUGCUAGAUCCACACACUCUCAUGUACCUAUUUAAGGAAGCAAUCACUGUAAAAGACAAACACAUGUCUGUGCCAAGAACGUCUGACAGUAGUCUCUCGUAACCAAGUAGCUGAUUGAUAACUUCCUCUCCAUUUGAUUUGGCCAUGUCAGAGUGAUGUACGGGUCCCUGGUCCCACGUCAGAGCCUGUAUUUCAUUCAAACGCUUCAUGGUCUCUUUGAGAUCGUUGGCUGUUGAUGAAGACGACUUGAUGUUGAUUUAAGACACAAGGAGGUGACUGGCCCCUCCUCCGAGUCAAAGAACGUAUAAAUAUUUUGACGAGAUGGACUCAAAGGAGUAUAUUUCCAGAGCUGUUCAAAGAGAGUUCAGAGCUUUAUUUGGGAUUGCGUACGAUGGACAGGGUCACAGCGGUGAACUACUGUUUAGGACUCCUUGGUUUGCUAGCACUGCAAGGAGUUAUCAGUGUGGAGGGGAGGAGCAUAUUCACGUCUGGAAACCAUGUUUUCAGUCCCAGAGAAAACACAGAUAUUCGCAGCAGGAUUCUUGCACUUGUAUUACACAGAAGCUCAGAUCCUCUUGAAAACGAGGAUCCACUGGGUUUGAUCGUGGGGAAUAAAUUAGUUGACUUAGAGGAGCUGCAUGAACUGAGAGAGGAUGUGGAGCUGGAGAGGAAGAUUGCAGCUAAUUUAGCAGGAGAAAAUGCCAUAACCAGGAAACGUGGUGAACCUUGCUUUUGGAAGUAUUGUGUCUGACAUGGACACAAGAGGAUGAUGCACUCUACAAAAACUUGCUGCAAAGCUCAACCAAGCCUUAAAACUUGUCAAAGUGAUUUAACGACCGUGCAUUGUCUGCAGCAAUAUAGAGUUGUAACUAGAUGUCAUAAAUAAAAUCCUUGUUUCUGUGCACUUACUGGUGGAAGCUGUAAGUAUUGUGGAACUUUUUGAGAAAACACUGAAGGUCUGCUUUGACAGAAAUGUUCAUCUUGGAUGAUUUUUGUUUGAACACCGUUUGUGCUUUUGCUGCCCUCAUGUGUCAACUUUGGAAAUAACAUUUUGUACAUAGCUGUCAAUCAUCUGGCCGUUCACUGCUUAUAGACAGAAACUGCUGGUAAUUUUACAAUGUAAAUAAAAUUAUAAUGGGUAAGUUUGCUCUUUGAUUU